AUGAAUUGGAGGAUAGGUUUCGCAGAGAUCUUUUGGCGAUCGUCAUUUCGGAGUGUCCAUGUUUUACGAUUUCGUGAGUGUGCCUUUAUCUUCGCUGUUGCUCUUUUAUGCGCGCAGGGCUUUCAACCAACUUUAUUUUCACAAUCGAAAAGACUGCAAGUGCUUGGGUAUUUAAAGUCGCCGCACACACGACCCAAACCCUUCCUUUCGCAACCAGUAUCGGAAGAUACGGCUGUUUCCCCCCCUAAGAGUCAAAUUGUCUCCAUUCGAUCAACGAAUUUAGCGGGGGCUCGCGACCACGACGCGAAGCAGGGAAGUGUUUGCAUAAAUAUUGCUCCGGGGCAAAACUUAGUAGCGGUUACCGGGGAAACAGGGUCGGGAAAGUCGCUGCUUGUGGGUAAGGUUGUCAAUUUGUUAUGCGGAGGCAAGGCGACGCCAUCGCUUGUCGCCACUUUUGAACCGCAUGAAGAUUCCACGUUGUAUAGUGGAGGUGUAACGACUGUGGUUGAAAUGGAUCUUUUGUUGACGGAUCCGCACCUUGGUGCUACCAAAGCUACCCUGGAACGACUUGGAGUGAACUCUUCCUUGUUAUUCUCUGCCGCAACUAAUUCUUCCUGCGGAAUUCUAUGUCUCCGACGGUCGCUAGCAACGUCGCUAGCAACAUCAGAAAGAGCGAAGCUGCGAUUAAAGUCUGCUUGUUCAAUCAAUGGCCAAAGCGUGACGCUCAAAGCUUUGGCUACCGUCGCGGGUCCUCUGCUAGCGACAGUCGAUGCUGGGAUAGCAGCAAAUGCUUUGGUGAAGACGACAUCCCUCAUGGCCAUUCUUGAUACCGCGGUAAAGCCGCAAGUAAAAACCUAUAUGACUCAGUCGAAAGCAAAGUACCGGGUCUGCCGUCGGGAACGGGAGGUCCUAGAAGCAGAACUUGCUAGCCGUGUGCUGCCAACAUCUUAUACGUCCGACUCUCUGAACGACGUGGAACUACUAACACAUUGGAUUGACGAAAUCGAUGCCUUUGAAUCUCGUGUGAUGUCGUUUUGUAAGUUUGCGUCGGGUUUACAGGAUUCCAAUGGGUCAGCCUUGGAAACUGCCCGUGCAGAGUUGGCCACGGCGACCUGGAUGGAAAAUGGCUCGAGAAGGCCAAAUAUAUUUUCGUCUCGACUGUAUGAUUGCAUCGUAAUGCUACGAGACGCAAUAAGAGACGCAGACAACCAAAUUGUGGCAGCGUAUGACGCUAUUGAAACUUUGUCGUCGAUGUCGCGUUCUGAAUCGACCAUGUCGAGUUUAGAGCGCGCUCGUAAGCUACUUUUCGACGCUGCCCAAUCAGAAGAAUCACCCAAUUCAAAGAUAUCACAAGCAGCUGAAGAAUCCCAUGAGCUUCUGAAUAGUGUUGAAUCUACCCUCCUGAACUGCUCUCGCUUUAUGGAAUCAAACUUCUUGAAUCGCUUGGAGGAGUGUCGCCAAACUUGUCCGUGUUCGGUUGAGGCUGUCGACGGCCUCUUGUUGGAAUGGAACACGUUGGCACGCAAGCACGGGAUAGCUCCGACAACGUUACCAUCGUGCCACAAAGCAUUGCAGAACGAGCGAAAUGGGAACGUGGAAGCAUUGCAACUACUGCCGGCUUCGAUCGAGCAAGAAGCACAAGCGUUUGUUUCAUUUCGGGACGCCUGCGAGUUGUUGACUAUCGAACGACGACGAGUGGCAGAGCGAUUGUCAGAAGUCGUGACCGACCGUUUACCUUGCUUGGGGAUGGAAGGGAUGGCGCUGCAAGUAGAAGUCAGUGAGGUUCGACGAUGUGACGAGCCGUCUGCCUACGGGACAGGAUCAGUUCUCGGCACGAAUGAGGUUGACUUUUGGCUCGUUUCGGCAUUGUCGUCCGCAAAUGCUACCGGAACUAAUGCGAACCGCGUGGUCCCUAGACGAUCUCCAAUUCACACAACGGCAAGUUCGGGAGAGAAGGCAAGAAUUUUGCUCGCGAUAGAAUGUGCGUUGCCUGGUUCGAUUGGUGCUAUGAUCGACGGUAGUGCUUCCAAUGCGGCGGCUGCGGGGGACGAAAGUGACGAUGACAUGGAACAACGUUUCUCGAAACAGUCUCCGGUGGCGGUCAUUUAUGAUGAGAUUGAUGCACACGUUGGUGGAAAUGCAGCGGUCGCCGUUGCCAACAUGUUAGCUAUUCAGUCGUCGCAAUCGAGUCAAGUAUUUUGCAUUACGCAUAGCGCAUCGGUUGCGGCCACGGCAGAUCUGCACAUUGUUAUCCAAUCCGUUGGUGAUAAAACGAAGGAAAAGGGUUACAAUGGCGUCAAGGCAUUGACUGUGGAGGGCAUCGCUCGCCGAAAGGAGUUGGCCCGUAUGGCGAGCGGAAAUUUGGCAAAGGCUGAGGCGGAAAUUUUCGCCGAUGCAUUGUUACGCGCUGGUGCCGAGAGCCGUCGAAGUGUAGAGGGAUGAUCAGGACGUUUAUCCGAUGCAGAAUGAAACUAGAUGGAGCUUUGGCAAAGUUUACAGUUAACUAUGGUCACUUUCUGCUUGUCGCUUUCAAUUUUACUUUACGCGUAAGGAAAGGUUUCGUUGGCGCUAUGUU